AUGAAGAUUCUCUCAACCUUUCUCCCUUUGGUUCUUCUCCAACAUGUGGCCACUGCCGCUCCCCUCCACCAGAAUUUCGAAUUGGAAGUUGUUGACACGAGCCCUCAUGAGGCUGGUCUGGCUAUGGCCAGUUUGGAGAAGCGAGUUGAAUGCCGAGCCAUUCUGGCUUCAGUCUUCGCCAAGGCCUCCAGUGCAGGGUUUGUCGUUUUCGUCAAUGGUGCGGCGGGCAUCGCCAAGCGAGUUUGCAAGAUAGAAGGCUCCGAAAAAUGCGAGGAAUAUGCGGAUCUUGUCGCCGAUGGCUUCAACUUGAUCUGGGUGGGUGGCCAAGCCAUCAAGCACGGCGCAGCGGGAGUGUCCACUGCGCAGGAGCGCAUUAACAGCGUUCCUGGAGCACGCCGCUCAGUCGUGAACGAAGACUACACCUCACGAAUUCUCGAGGGCCUCAGCGAGUAUGGCUUCAGAUAUACUUCGGGCCACGAUGUGGCGAUCCACCACUAUGAAGAUGGAGUUGGGCAGAUCCAUCUGCCAUUCGAUGGCCAGAGCAUGGGUGGCUCGGAUGACUUGCUGAAGCGAUUCGACGGCGAAGGUUUCAAGAUUGCAUUCACGUCUCGAGCCAGUUCGACCCCGGACCGAACCACUGAAGCGGCAAUUUCCAAUGCUAUCGCGCAGAAUUGGGCAAGAGAGGCCGACGCCAACAUCAACGAACUUAUAGGCUUCGUGAAGACCGACAGCAAAGCGAACUUCUAUUGGCGCAUUAUUCCGGAAACUCAACGCUUCGGCACGAACUACGAAAGUGUGGAUGUCUGUGGGGGAAUGGCAAGUUAUUUGACCCUCUAG